ACCAAACGAUUAAUUUUUAAUUAAACCCUCUCAAAACCGUGAAUGGUAACUGCAGGAAAAAAUGGCCACACAAGUCACCUGAAUGGUGUUCUUGAAAUCGUCCGAUGAUACCUUGCCGCAAAAUUCGCCCAGAAUUUGCAAUAAAAAAUAAUUUGGUGCUUUCUUGAACUUGUUAGUGAUGAUUAACUUAAAGACAAAUGGGUUUGCGUUGAAUCGACGGAGGAAAUUUAACGUCAAGCGGCAUGAAGAAAACUGCUUCGUUCGCAUUAGGUUUUGCUUCUUCUUUUUGUGAAGCAAGAAAUAUAGUACUAGUAAAAUCUUUGACUAUUGUUACCGUAAUUGUAUGCUCCAAACCUAAAUACAAUGUUCUUGAAGAAGAAAAUCCCAAUUUCCAUUUGUUGCAUUUCAAUUUUAUGUUCAAAAACCAAGAUCCUGGAACACGUUACUCGUUUUUGGGAUGACUGAAUAAAGCCCCAUGACCCACCUGAUAAUCCUUUUCUAGAUAUCUGAAACUCUUUAAGUACUUUGAACUCCAGUAGGGGUGGUUUUAUUUUCAAAUAUUGCUAUUGUGAGAGUUCAUAUUAUUUGAUUAGUGUGACUGCUAUAUUUAUUAUCUUAUUUUUCAUGAUCUUGAUAUUCUUUUCCUUAAUAACAUUAUUAUUUAUUGCCAUCUGCUGCAUAACACAUGUGCUUGCUGAUCCAACUUGCUACUUAACAAAGGAAAAUUAUGUUAUCACAUUGGAGAAUAAUACAUUCCUUGGGCUCUCCUUGUGGAAGAUGCUCAAGAACAACUUGGACAGAGAGCUGCACAAUCCUUCAAUCAGUCCUUCUGAAGAUGCUCAAUGAUAAAUUGGGGUGGGGGCAAGGAAGAAAAGGGAGUUACGACAUGGUGUUCCUGCUAUUUAAAGGCCCUUCUUCCCCUGAUAUGUUCAAUAUGGAGAAGACAUGGAUUUCAAUAAUUCGUUAAUGAAACUCCCAAAAUCCUCAUCAGCACUACCUUCAGAAUUGCAAAGACCGGUUCGUAUGCAUAGCUCCAUAUCAAGUAACAACAAAAUUCAUCAGGAUGAAGAUGAAAGGGACCCAAGGUUUACGCAAUUGCUAAAAGAAAACCUCUUCUGUUUCUGGAAGCGACAAAAGGAAGAAAUUCUGCGUUCAGAUCCAAAGAGAAAACAUGAGCUUCCCAUCUCAAGGAUCAGACGGGCCAUGAAGUCAAAUGAUCAAGUAAAGAUGGUUAGCGCACAUUCUACGGUUUUGCUUUCUAAAGCAAUCGAGAUGUUCAUUCUUGAGCUUACCCUUCGUGCUUGGAUGCAAGCUGAUCAAGUCAAACAUCGAACUCUGAACCGUCAUGACUUUGCUAGGGCCAUAAGGGAUGAAGAGCUUUUCGAUUUCCUCUCUGACAUCGUGCCACUCCAGACCUACAAGAACCAGUUUCAGGUGGAAGAGGCAAACGAUUGCCAAGGAAAUGAAUUUUACGCAGCUUAUCAAAUGAUUCAGCCUAAUAACAUUCCACUACAGUACCAGUUUCAGGUGGAAGAGGCAAAUGAUGUCCAAGGAAAUAAAUUUCACCUGGCUAAUCAAAUGGUUCAGCUUCAAAACAAUCCACUGCAGCAGCUGUACCAAUUUCAGGCGGGAGGGGAGGCAAAUGAUGGCCAAGGCAAUGAGUUUGUCCCAGCUUAUCAAAUUGUUCAGCCUAAUGACAUUCUGCUACAGUACCAGUUUCAGGUGGAAGAGGCAAAUGAUGUCCAAGGAAAUAAAUUUCACCUGGCUAAUCAAAUGGUUCAGCUUCAAAACAAUCCACUGCAGCAGCUGUACCAAUUUCAGGCGGGAGGGGAGGCAAAUGAUGGCCAAGGCAAUGAGUUUGUCCCAGCUUAUCAAAUUGUUCAGCCUAAUGACAUUCUGCUACAGUACCAGUUUCAGGUGGAAGAGGCAAAUGAUGUCCAAGGAAAUAAAUUUCACUUGGCUAAUCAAAUGGUUCAGCUUCAAAACAAUCCACUGCAGCAGCUGUACCAAUUUCAGGCUGGAGGGGAGGCAAAUGAUGGCCAAGGCAAUGAGUUUGUCCCAGCUUAUCAAAUUGUUCAGCCUAAUGACAUUCUGCUACAGUGCCAAUUUCAGGGCCCAAAAAAAGGAAAUGAUGGCCAAGGAAAUGAAUUUCAGGCACGAGAACUCAAAAUAUUAUCAGAAGCUCUUAUCGAAGGAUUUGACCUCCCAGCUUAUCAAACGGUUCAAUCUAAUAACAUUCACCUCCCAGCUUAUCAAAUGGUUCAACCUAAUAACAUUCCAGUGGAAGGGGACGCAGAUGAUGGCAAAGACAAUGAAUUUCACCCAGCUUAUCAAAUGGUUCAGUCUGAUAACAUUCCAUGCCAAUUUCAGGUGCAGAAGAAAGCAAAUGAUGGCCAAGGAAAUGAAUUUCAGGCACGAGAACUCAAAAUAUUAUUGGAAGCUCUUACUAAAGGAUUUGACUUACCAGCUUAUCAAAUGGUUCAACCUAAUAACAUUCCUAACCUCCCUGCUUAUCAAAUGGUUCAACCUAAUAACAUUCCAUGCCAAUAUCAGGUGCAAGAGGCAAAUGAUGGACAAGGAAAUGAACUUCACCCAGCUUAUCAAUUGGUUCAACCUAAUAACAUUCCAUUCCAAUUUCAGGUGCAGAAGAAAGCAAAUGAUGGCCAAGGAAAUGAAUUUCAGGCACGAGAACUCAAAAUAUUAUUGGAAGCUCUUGUUAGAGGAUUUGACUUCCCAACUUAUCAAAUGGUUCAACCUAAUAACAUUCCUGACCUCCCAGCUUAUCAAAUGGUUCAACCUAAUAACAUUCCAUGCCAAUAUCAGGUGCAAGAGGCAAAUGAUGGACAAGGAAAUGAACUUCACCCAGCUUAUCAAUUGGUUCAGCCUAAUAACAUUCCAUUCCAAUUUCAGGUGCAGAAGAAAGCAAAUGAUGGCCAAGGAAAUGAAUUUCAGGCACGAAAACUCAAAAUAUUAUUGGAAGCUCUUAUUAGAGGAUUUGACUUCCCAGCUUAUCAAAUGGUUCAACCUAAUAACAUUCCUGACCACCCAGCUUAUCAAAUGGUUCAACCUAAUAUCAUUCCAUGCCAAUAUCAGGUGCAAGAGGCAAAUGAUGGACAAGGAAAUGAACUUCAACCAGCUUAUCAAUUGGUUCAGCCUAAUAACAUUCCAUGCCAAUUUCAGGUGCAGAAGAAAGCAAAUGAUGGCCAAGGAAAUGAAUUUCCGGCACGAGAACUCAAAAUAUUAUCGGAAGCUCUUACUAAAGGAUUUGACUUCUCGACUUAUCAAUUGGUUCAACCUAAUAACAUUCCUGACCUCCCAGCUUAUCAAAUGGUUCAACCUAAUAUCAUUCCAUGCCAAUAUCAGGUGCAAGAGGCAAAUGAUGGACAAGGAAAUGAACUUCACCCAGCUUAUCAAUUGGUUCAACCUAAUAACAUUCCAGCUUCUUUCAUCAGUACCCAAGGAAUUCCAGCGCCUGUCAUGCCAUCACCUCUGAUUAAUUUAUCUCCUGAAGCUGAGUUUAACGUCGAUGAUUUUUUAAUGGACUAUGAGGAGGGGGACGUUAACUAAUUUCUCUUUAGCCUUUUCAAUAGGCCAUCUUUAAUUGGCCGAAUAAAUAAAUAAAUAAAUAAAAGAUUGUUGUGUGUUUUAAGACAUACUGCUGAAAAAAUGCAGUGUUUGUGUUAAGUGGUGUAUGCACUGCUUUUGUUCAAUGUUUAAAUAAAUAAACUCUUCAAUGAA